UUUAUAAACUACAAUCUAGUUGCCCAAACUAUUGGUGUCAAGAUUAAAGCAGUACGGAAUAUAUAUGCGGGUACAUACGUACUGUAGCUCUCUUCUUCGUUGUUAUCACGCAGUACUGGCGGCGCAGGGCUGGUUUAGCGAUGGUGAUGGUCGGCGCCUAGUUCUUCUGGUGGCAACGGCGAGAUGGUCAGUGGCUACGCAGAACGGCGUAGCUUUCCUUUCCCACUCCAGCGUGCAAACAGUCCGGCAAGUUCCGUCUUCUACUCUUCCUCCAGCGUGAAAACUUCACAGAAGAAACCAGCGCCUAAGAAAGAAAUCGUUGAGAGAGUCUCUCUCCUGGGUCUUCCGACCUAGCUCAAUUUCCGUUCAACUCAUGGCCUGCGUCUCCCGUUUUCGUGCGAUUGCUGGUUGAAACCUGGGGUUUUUCUUGCUGGUGGUAGUCGGAUUCACUAGAAUCUCAGUUUGGAAGGUGACUUUUAGCCAAACAACGAAGAAUGCAGACCUAAUGCGGCAAACUACGAACGACUACUGUUCACGGUUGGUUCGCUCUGCUUUUUCGCUUCUUGCUGAUAAUUUGUGUUGUGCUGCUGCUUUAAGGGUCAUCUCGAAUUGAGCUUUGUUUGUUCGAUGACUGGCUCUUUUCUCUGCGAUUUUGGCCCUUUACUUUGCGAUUUUGAGUAUGCGAGGUUGACUACUGCUUUGUUUGAAUGAGUGCUGGAUUUCUGUUUUGACUGCUGCGUUUUUGCCUCUGCGUUUUGGGCUCAUAAGCCAUUUGUGUAUACUUUGAAUCGUUUUUGUUACUGCUCCCUACUCUGUUCCUCUGUUGCAAUUCCUAAAUUUUUGGGAGUCUGAAUUUGAGAUAUCUGAUUUUGGUUUCCCAAUAGCUGAUUUCGCCUUCCUUUUGUCUUUGGGGGGAAGAAACGGGCUAGACAGUCUGUCAUGGGGAAAAAGAAAACAACAUUCUGUGAAUCUUCUUCCAGACUUACCAGGUCUAAGGCUGGAAGUUUUGAAAUUCUGGCAGAUUGUGAUGAUGAUUUCCCUACUUUGGGAAAAUCUUUAGCUUCUCCUGGGAAUUCUGAAAAUGUUGGAAGGCCUGUUUCAAAUUUGAAUGGUAAGACUGCCACAGGAGGUUCUACUGCUGUAAGUUUGACCCCUAGCAAGGCGGCUGCUACUAUUACUGGGAAGCCAACUCAGACAAGGGAACAGCCUCCUGCUGUGGAAAACCUUACUGCGGGAAAUGGGACUCCUGGAAUUGAAAAGGGUGCUGUUGCACAAACUGAAAUGAAUGCUACUGCAGUAACUAAAGCUCUACUGCCUGCGGUUAAGCAGCCUGAAAUAAAGCGUAAAACUACAACUCCCAUUCCGUGGAAUGCUUUGUUUAAAGACAACCGUGACCCUAGGCAUGGAAUCAAAUUGAGAUAUGUACCCCCCAAAGGAGAUACAUUGGACUUUGGGGACCGUUUAUUGCCAUCCAUGGUUGAUAUGUGGGGUUAUUGCCUAGUCGGACACUUCACCGGGAAAUUCCCCGGACUCAAAACGGUUCAUGAUCUUAAAGUUAAAUGGAGUGUUCCAUGCCUUGUGAGAUCCCACAAAAAAGGUUGGGUGAUCUUUAAAUUUCAUAAUGAGGAUGAUAGAUCUAAAGUACUACUUGGAGGACCAUACAUUGUGUUUGGAAAACUCCUUAUGCUCAAGGAACUCUCGGAGAAUUUUUCUUUUGAAGAUGAGGAAUUUCUUAAAGUUCCUAUUUGGGUCAAAUUCCAUGAUCUACCACUACAAUUAUGGAAUGAUGAGGCCAUGAGUGAGGUGGCAUCCAUGGUGGGGGUUCCAUUAACUACUGAUAAGAUCACCCAAGAGAGGAUUAACAAUGAUUACGCUAGAGUCUUGAUAGAGGUUGACGUGUCUAAGCCACCACCACUAUUGUUUCCUAUACGACUACCUUCCCAAAAGGUAAUCAAACAAAGUGUGGUUUAUGAAACUUUUCCUAGUUAUUGUUUUCAUUGCAAAGAUUUUGGGCACAACCCAUUUAUUUGUAAGAAGUUUUCUAAAAGUGGGGCUGGGGUUGAAAAGGAAAAAGAAAAAAAUGUUGUUACACUUGAUGAAAUUGAAGGUGUUGGUGCUGCUUCAGGUCGGCCAGAUUCUGCCCAGGGGCUUAACCUGACCGGGUUGGCCCCAAACCCGACCGGGCCUCCACUAGUUUCUGCCCAGGUUCCUCCGCCCAGGACCAUGGACCCGACUGGGUCUGGCGGACAGAGUGCAAAACAGGGGCCUGCUUCCCCGGCUAUUGAUCAACGCCCGAUCGUGCUCCCGACUGGUGACCAGAAUGAUGCUAAGGUGAGGAUAGUGAGUAAGGAAGGUGAGUUGAAAAAAGAUGAUGUCUUUAAGUGUGAUAUCAUAGAUGGUAAGACACUCAAUUUGUUUGUCAAACCACUUAGACACGUCCAAGCUAGUGUCACUAGAGUGGAUAGAUUCCUUCAAUUUACGGAUGAUUUGGAUAAGAGGGGCCUAACUUUCACCGAUCAGUGUAUUGAGAGUUUGCCGGGAUUUACUAUGAAGAAAGGGGAGGUUGACUUUGGCGCAAAGUUUGCUAAUCCUUUCCAUGUCUUCUUUGGAUGUUAAGCUUGAUACUCCUAAUAUUUUGGUGAACUGUUUUGCUGAAGUUUAGUUGUUCCUAUGAGUUUCUAGGUUCAAUUUGUAGACUUUUGUUGAUUCCUAUUUUGAUGUUGUGAUAUCCCGUUUUUCGGGAUAUGCACUUUGCUUGUAACAUUGACUUGUUAUUUCUUUGGGUGUUAAUAUAUACUUACAUUUCAUCAAAAAAAAAACUUCACAGAAGUACUGCGACGUGCGCGCUACUCAUCUUCUGAAGACUCUGGUAACGAAGGAAACGGAAAACGGUAGUAUGUUGGUGGCACUCCGGCAAACGUUUUUCUUUUUCUCCGGCGAGUAUGUGGUGUCCUUGUGUCCAGCGUUGCUUUCUCUGCGGUGCGGCUUUUUCGUCGGCCCUUAAUGGGAGUAGGUUGAUAGCAGGCAAUGACGUUCAACAUCAGUAGUCCAGUCCGGCGACAGCAACUGCGGCCUCUCUCCUUCCUCCAGCAUGAGCGCAGUCCGACGAGCUCCUUAUCUUCUACAGCGGCCGACGGCGCUCUCCCUCUCCACCACUCUCUCUCGUUUUCUUUCGUUUUCAGUUUCAUUCUUUGUAGUUUAGGAACAAUUUUUUUCUACAUAUAGCAGUAAUAUAGGUUCGGUUUCGCACAAGUAUAACUCUGGUGUUUCACGCACAUAUAUAGGUCGUUUAAUCGGAGGUUGUUUGUAGUUCGUACGAGACUGUUUGUUUUCAUCCGAUAUGGCUUCUUCCAUCCGUUGCUGCUGCGACUCCUUAAUUAUUUUUGUUACUACUACGCAUGUAUGCGUAUGUAUAUGAAUAUAUCAUGAUGCUUUUAUGAGUUUAUUAUGUAUGUGCAUGUAUGUAAUACAUGUAUGUAUGAUAUAUGGACGUAUGUGUAUAUUAUAUGGGUUGUAUGAAGUAUAUGUAUAUAUGUGCC